AUGGUGUCUUUCAUCAGCUAUUUAUUCUAUAUCAUUCUAUUAUGCAAAAUAACUGCGUUUCCUGAAAUUAAUCUUGAUCUUACUGAUUGGAUAAAUGACAAUCAAAGUAAUAUUGUUAUACAACAUGAUUGUCUUCAUGUUGCUGGUUGGAUUGAAGAAGAAAAUGAUCCUUAUCAAAUAAUUUCUUAUUGUAUGAGUGAAUGGCCAUCAAAAUGGAAUAUUCAAAAAAAUAAUCAAGAUCAAAAAUUUACUUUUGCUAAACUCUGCAAGCUAAAUAUUAUUAGUGAACAAUUAUAUCUUUGGUCAACACCAAUGGAUGUUGUUGAACCAUCAUCAUCAUCAAUGGCAACACAUAUAUUCUACAAUUGUACAUCAUCAAGAUUUGGUCCAUUGUGUCAAUAUUCAUUGGAUGUUUCCAAUUCUCAUCAUUUAACGUUAAACGAGAUUAUUCGAGAAUUUUAUCUACAUGAAUAUGAACCAACAACAUUGACGUGCUACACUCAUUUACAAUGCGAUCGCGGUUCAAUAUCUUCAUGUCUUGAUUGGAGUGAAAUAUGUGAUGGAGUCAUUGAUUGUCGAAAUGGAGUCGAUGAAGAACCUUGUUGGCAAAUUGAAAUGAAUGAAUGUGAAGAUCAUGAAGAUCGAUGUGGAAAUGGGCAAUGCAUACCUAAAAUAUUUUUUCAUGACGGCCUUAAUCUUUAUGAAUGUCUUGAUCGAUCAGACGAACAGCUGUUGGCGCAACCAUUAUUAAUAAAAAUAAUUGAUGAACCCACAUUUGCAAUGAAAGAUGUUACAUGUUCCAAACGACAUGAGAGCCUCAAUGUGAAGCUAGCAAGUUCAUGUUUGCUAAAACGCAAGAAUUUACUACAGCGGCUCAUGUUCUCUGAUAAACCAAACCAAGUAUCGAAUGAUUGUUGGUUAGCCGUUAAGUGUUACUUGGCUAUUGAAUAUCUAGUAUCAAAUAAAAGAUUUGAUGAUCUUAUUUUCAAUCAAACGUGGACAGAAAUAAUUAACAAGACAUGUCCCGAUAUGCUGUAUGUGCCGGCUAGUCCCGUUGCUUUUGGACAUAUGUACUCUCUAUAUACAAAAAAUGGUAUGUUAAAAUUUUAUACGAAAGUACCAACACCUCAAUAUGUCUGCUACAAUGAUCAAAUUUGCGGCAGAUUCAAUUCGAACCAAACAUUAUUGUCAUUCAAUAAUAAUACAUGUCGUCGUUCCACAGAUUUUCCAUUAAAUUUUAAAUCGUACGAACAAACUAGAGGCAACUGGAACAAACAAAUAACGAAACAAAACACAAAAAUAAUACAUUUAAACUCAUCAAUUACUAAACAAACCGCUCUUCAACAUCAAAAAUGUUGUAAUCGUGGUCUUUUUGUUAGAGUUUGGAUAGAUUAUGAGAAAAAUUUAACGACUGAAACAUGUCUUUGUCCACCUAGUUUUUAUGGAGAUAUGUGUCAAUAUCAAAAUCAACGAAUUAAUUUCACUUUACAAUUUCAAACAUAUUCUGAUUCUCGACGAACUCUAUUUGCUAUUGUUGUCUCACUUAUUGAUGAUAGUGAUGAACAGACCAUUCAUUCAUACCAACAAUUUAGUUAUUUACGAAAAAAAAAACAUUAUUCAAUACAUAUUGAUAUCUAUGAAAAAGUAUCACUCACAUAUCGAAGAAGUUUUUUAAUACCAAUUAAAUUUCCCUUUCUACCUGUACAUCGUGUCGCUGUACAACUCAGCAUUGCACGUACAACUGAUGAUGUGAAAAGUUGCUCAAAUCAACAAUGUGUUCAUGGUCAAUGUAUUAAAUAUGCAGACAAUCUGAAAGGUUUCAAUGGAGACAGAUGUGAAAUAGCUGAUAAUAAAAACAUUGUAUCAUUUCAUCGAGAUAUCAUUUUACCAAACUCUUUACUUGUUCAUUUCAUUCAAGUGAUUGACGAUGGUCCACCUACAAAUGGCAGUACAUUCAAAAUUAUUUCUGUCAAUCAAAAUACAGUAAUAAUUAAUUGGUCAUAUCCAUUUCAUAUUGCUUUUAUUCAAUUUUUCAAUAAAGAUUACUAUUUAAUCAGUGUUCAAAAGAAAUAUUAUCAAUCGAUAACCAUUGUUCGAGAAAUUCAACCAUCAGAUCGUUGUCGACAUAUAAAUGAAGUAUUGAAUGAGACAAUUGUUAAGUUUCAUCUUCUUCAUCGUAUUAAAUAUUAUCAUUUACCAUGUCAAAGACAUUCACCACAAGUGUCUUGUUUUUAUGAUGAUAUUCAUUUUUGUUUAUGUAACAAUUAUGGACAACAACGUGUAGCUAACUGUUUUGAAUUUAAUUAUAAAAAGAAAUUUGAUUGUUUUGGUCAAAGUAAUUGUGAAAAUGGAGCACAAUGCUUACAAGAUCGAUCAACAUGUGCACAAACAUCAACAUGUGUUUUUUUAACAUGUUUUUAUGGAAGACGAUGCCAAUUUAGUUCCAAUGUAUUUGGUCUUUCACUUGAUGCAAUUUUAGGUUAUCAUAUUCAACCACAUAUUGCCAUCAGACAUCAAUCUCUUGUUGUACAAUUAUGUAUAGUAUUGACGAUCAUUAUGACUGUAGCAGGAUUGAUUAAUAGUGCUCUAUUGAUGAUUGCAAUUAAUAACAGAGAACCACGUAAAAUUGGUUGUGGUAUUUAUCUAAUAAAUUCAUCGAUUACUACUAUAUUUACAAUGAUUCUGUUUGCAUUGAAAUGUUCGAUACUUAUUAUUGCACAAAAGACAUAUAUUACGAAUCGUUUAUUCCUACAAUUACAAUGUACUUCAAUAGAUUUUUUACUACGAAUCGGUCUUAACAUGGAUCAAUGGUUGUCAGCAUGUAUAGCUAUAGAACGAACAGUUGCCGCAAUAAAAGAAACCAGUUUUGAUAAGAAGAAAAAUACACAACAUCAACAACAAUCAAUCGUUGGUAAUGCUGGAAAUAUUCAUUCAUCAUCAUCAUCAUCAAUUCUUUAUGCAAUAAGUCAGAUUUUUUCCACUAAUACAUCUUCUUCAUCCACGACAACAACAACAACAACAAAUACUGCUGCUAAGCCGCAUAUGCCCAAUAGUCUUUCAUUAUAUAAUAAUAAUCAUUUAUCAACAUCAUCAUCUCUUGUUACAUUUAGUACAACAGACAGUCCUAUAUCAGCCACAACAAUUGAAAAUGAAAAGAAAAUAACUGAUAGAAGAAUUACACCAAAUCAUAUAUUUGCAUCAACAAAUUCAUUCUUUAUAUUUGAUCGAGUUUCAUAUGCAAUAUGUGAAUUAUGUAAUAUAACACAACAAGCUCCUGCUGCAUUUCAAUAUGCAACAUUAAAUAUCUAUCAAGCAUAA